GCGCCGGCACACCCAGGCUUUGCUGCGAUCCAAGACCACGCUAUGGAGCUCUCACAGAAGGCGGUCGCCGAUAAGCUAAACAUGUUGCGCAGGCGCCGGGAUUUUCUACCCGGCCGCGCAUGGCGGAAACGCACGGCGAAUAUUGUGCCCACGCUGUCCAAACUCGUUUCUGGGCCGACAAAUUCUUUCCAUGCAGUCCGAGAUCCGCAAGGUGAGAUCAUUGCAGAUCCUGCCGGCAUUGCUUGGGUGCUGUCGCUGCACUGGCAAAGGACCUUUGGCGCGCAAGCCACCGACGGGGCGCUCCGGGAGAGAUGGAUUGGCCGUUGGCGUGGGAUUCUGCUUACGAGGCUACUUGACCUCGCGCCGACGAUCGAGGAUGUAAACGCGGUGCUGGCCGACCUUUCUGCCUCGGCGCCAGGGCCCGACGGGGCUCCAUUUGCGGCGUUCAGUAUCGCGCGCGCGGUCAUUGCGCCGCUGCUCUACGACAUUGUGCAUGGGGCGUUGCGGGGCAUCGCCAGUCCUCCCGAUGACUUCGAUCUUGGUUUCUUGAUCUGCUUACCCAAGGGACCUGGCUCUGCGCUCCCAGGCGGGGCAGAAUGCUUCGAGGCCGGCAGCGCCAGACCUUUGUCUAUUGUGGACGCAAGUAAUCGCAUCAUCGCCUCCGUAUCCCGGGUGGUCCUAGACCGCGCUGUGGCUCCGCGGAUUUCGACAUCGCAGCGCGGCUUCGCGCGUGGGCGGCGCAGGCUCCGCAACGUUCUGGUAAUUGAUUUUGCGGCGCAGAAGAUUUCACUCAUGUCCAAGAAGGGCGCGGUCCUCCUGUUCGAUUCCCGCGCUGCUUUUCCCGGCAUGGACCACGCAUUUAUGCGGGAAGUGUUGGCCGCAGUUGGUCCACUGGUGGAGUUCGUUAACACGACUAAGAUGUUUGACAACAACAGCAGCCACAAUAUCAAAGCGCAGUCGCAACUCUUCGACAGCAUCACCAACUUAUCGGGGCAUGUGGUGGCGAGAGCAUUUGCCGACGACACUGCGGCAGCAGUUCGUGGCCAUGUCACCUUGUUGCCCGUCAUGGCCAAGUUUUUCGCAGAAUUUGAAGCGAUUUCCUGUCUAGCGCCGAACAUCAAGAAAACGGUGUUCACCCCGCUGUGGAAGUUCGUCUCGGAGUCCAACGUCAGAGCGCUCAUCCGGGAAGCGGUGCCCGCUCUGCGUGACAUGGACCUAUGCAGCCUGAAGGGAACAAUCGGGUUCAAGCACUCAUUCACAAAUAUACAGUGCGUGGCUUUGGCGGCGAAGUUGCGCGCGAUGGAGCAGGCGGCGCCGGACUGCCGCGAACG